CAGUGUGCAAUCUGUGUAUUAUUGGAGGGUGAUUAAUAUCAGGCAUAUUUAAGAUUUAACAAAGAAUGAGCUGGAUUCUAUUUCCAUCCCAAAGUUUUAUUUUAUCACAGCUCAUAUUGGAUGUUAAAACCACUGCUGGAACGCGCAGACGUCCGUGUUUCUAUUGGCUGUCCGCAGCGUCGCUCAGAGGAAUGACGAUUUUGCUGCUAUAACCAGCUGAUGCUCAGGCUAUGAACACGGAGCCUCUGAAGAACUGUUGACGGUACAUGGAUACCCCGUCAUCGGCGUUAUGCCUGCGGAUUCGGUCUCAUCUCCACCCAGAGAUUGAAUGAGUAGGAUAUUUGAUCGUUUCACGACGCCCAGGCCCGGGCUUCCCCCCCCCCUCCUGUCGCUCCACAUGAUGACAGAUUGAGCUUUCUCACCUCACACAGGCGACACAUCACAUCUGCAGGUACGACUGUGUGGAGGUUUGGAUAGAAGUACAAGACGGAGAACCUCAAGACAUGGAAUAAAGGGAGUUCGAGAGACAACUGAAACACUGUGAGUCAGAUCCAUAAAUAAAAGAAACUGACAUUUAAAAAAACAUAAGGCUAGCAGAGAGCUGUGGAGUGAGGAAGAGAGAAGCCGAAGCAGAAGACGAGUGAAGAUGGGGUGUGGUCAGACGCUUGCCACAUUUCUCCUGGACUCUACAGUUCACUCCGUCAGCCACGAGACAAAGCAGGAGUCACCUCGCUAAAACCCGAGCAGCUCAUUUCACCUGCUGGAGGAGCCCCCACCCUCGGUGAUGUGAUGAAUAAGUUUGAAGUCCUUGGCAUUGUGGGAGAAGGAGCAUAUGGAGUGGUGCUUAAGUGCAGGCAUAAGGACACCAAUGAGCUGGUGGCCAUUAAGAAGUUCAAAGACAGCGAAGAAAAUGAGGAGGUCAAGGAGACGACCCUUCGAGAGCUGAAGAUGCUUCGGACGCUGAAGCAGGACAACAUCGUCGAGCUGAAGGAGGCUUUUCGCAGGAGGGGGAAACUCUACCUUGUUUUUGAAUAUGUUGAGAGGAACAUGCUGGAGCUCUUAGAGGAACUGCCCAACGGUGCACCGCCUGAUAAAGUCCGCAGCUACAUCUACCAGCUCAUCAAAGCCAUCAACUGGUGUCACAAGAAUGAGAUUGUACACAGAGAUAUCAAGCCGGAGAACCUCCUCAUCAGCUCUGAGGAUGUUCUCAAACUCUGUGACUUUGGUUUUGCUCGUAACCUGUCAGAAGGAACAGAUGCCAACUACACUGAGUAUGUGGCUACAAGGUGGUACCGCUCGCCUGAGCUGCUGCUGGGGGCUCCCUAUGGAAAGGCAGUGGACAUGUGGUCGGUGGGGUGUAUCCUCGGGGAGCUGAGUGACGGACAGCCUUUGUUUCCAGGGGAAAGUGAGAUAGAUCAGCUCUUCACCAUUCAGAAGGUUUUGGGGCCACUUCCUGCAGAACAGAUGAAACUCUUCUACAAUAAUCCUCGCUUUCAUGGAAUCAGAUUUCCCUCAGUUAGUCAUCCUCAGACUUUGGAGAGAAGGUACCAAGGCAUCUUGAGUGGUUUGAUGUUGGAUCUGAUGAAGAACCUGUUGCUGCUAAACCCUACUGAGCGUUAUCUGACAGAGCAGAGUUUGAACCAUCCGGCCUUCCAGCCUCUGAGGCAGGCAGAGCGAGAGAGACCUCCUCCUGCGUCUCCCAACCCACCACGCUCCUCCAAGAGGAAAACACACCAUCAUGGAGAGAACACAGUUCCUACAAGGAGUCACACUAAGAGCACGAGCCGUCGCUCCAACAGCAAAGAAUGUUCCAGCCUCCCUCGCCAUGGCGACCUCCAUCACCUCAGCAACAAGAGUUUCCUUAAUGGUAACAAACCGCCCCCGUCCAGUUUAAGUCCUACACUCCACCCAAAGGGCCAGUACAUGUCCCAGACCCUCAAUCGUUCUGCCUCAUCCAACAAAGACCUGGCGAACAACAACCUGCCACACCUCCUCAGUCCCAAAGAAGCCAAAGGCAAGACAGAGUUUGAUUUCAGCUUGGGACCCUCCCCAAAGCUGCCGGACCACGGGGCCAAGUACGGCCACAGCAAACCCAGCUCCUCUCGCUCUCAGCAGCAGCAGCAGCAGCAGCAGCAGCAGCAGCAGCAGCAGCAGCAGGCCAGCCGCCAUACCUUUCUGGAAGGCAAGACCAACACACUGCAGUCUGGAGCAGAGAAACAACAUGGCCGACAUGCCCACAACAUGGCUGACUCUGCCCACGGCUCCAUGUCCUCCUCUUCUAAGAGUUCAGCCUCUUAUCUCAGCCUGUCCAAGAGCCACAGCGCACUGAGUGAUGCCAAAUCUGUAGGGAACCUCAGCGAUGGUCGACUCCACCCAGAUGACCCAAAUUCUAAUGCAACAGCAGGGGUGGGACCCGGUGCCCGUUUCUUCCCUGCCAGCUGUUUAGACCUCAACGCCCCCUCAGGUCCUCCGGGGCCACCUGGCAGCCCCUCUGCUCGUCACAGUGAUCGAUCCGGGCACAGCCCCGCCUCUCGUAGCAGCGGCAACGUCCGCAUGGAGAGCAGUACACUGGACUCCUCAUCCAGACACAAAUCCAGACAUAAAUCUUUAGCACCAGAGGAGGCCGGUGCUCCGGAGCUCUUAGACCCAGGAGGAGCGGGGAUGCCCUCCACGCACACUCUGCCUUCCCCGCAUGAGUCUUAUCAUUACGGCCUGGGCUAUACCUCCCCCUUCUCCUCUCAGCAACGGCCUCAACGCCACUCCAUGUACGUGAGGAGGGAGCGCCACCGACCACAUGGGGUCGAGGGCGGGAUGGUGGGCUUGCCUGCACCGGGGCAGGCGAUACCGACACGUGCCAGUAGCCUGCAGCUCCUCUCCCCUCAACUGCAGCACCGGACCACCCUCGCUGGACACUCAGUGAGCUCUUCAAGAGAGGACUGCACUGAUGACAUGACGAGGUCUGCUUUGACCUGCGCCUGUCCGUCUUCUCAACAGAGUGAGCAGUCCCCUAAAGACAUGAGCCACCCUUGUGCCCCCAUCAAAGACUCUACGAGGGACAACACUGCUGCUUUUCAUACACAGCGCUCUAAAAACGAGGUCGGUAUGUAUCACGACCCUCAUGGUGAGGAUGGAGGUUCCUCCAAGGAGAACCGGAUGAUCUUCACUGAGUCCAUGCCUCGGAGAGUAGGCAGCUUCUACCGAGUCCCGUCCCCCAGACCAGACAACUCCUCCUCUUUCCAUGACGGUGUCGGGCAGGGUCGAGGGCCAGUCGUACCUGUUGUACCCGGAGACCCUGUUGCCAUGGCCAACCACUCCAAACGCCAAACGGCUUUUGACUGGACAACCGCAGAGGCAAUGGUCAUGAAUCCUCCAGAGCCCACCAAAGAGAAGGAAAAGCAAGGCUUCUUCAGAGCCAUUAAAAAGAAAAAGAAGAAGACACAAAUAACGGACAUGGAGGACGGGAGGAACCCCAGCAUCAAGAAAAGCCUUUUCCCCCUCUUUAGCUCUAAGAAUAGCUUAAAGCACAACUCAGCUGUCAAAGUCCUACCUGUAGUCGCCUCGCCCAUGGUACAACACCAGCCUACCGCGCCCUACCCUGCCUCACCAGUUGCUGGUAACGGACAAGAACACCUGUCCCUGCAGAGGAGCUCCAAGUCGUCCUCUCACCACAGCAGCCGACGGAAAAACCGCGAACGAUCCCGAGACAGAGACCGGGAGCGAGAACAGAGCCGGGACCGGGACAGAGAGAGAGAGAGAGAACGGGAGAGAGAAAGAGAGAGAGAAAGGGAGAGAGAGAGGGAAAGAGGGAGGGAGAGAGAGAGAGUCAAUGACUGGCCACCAGACAAACCAGUAGACUCACACUCUCAGAGUCAACCACUCAAGUCACUCCGCAGGCUCCUUCACCUCUCCCCUUCUUCCUCAAAUCAAGGACAGCCUCUUCCUCCUCCUCCAGACCUGCGCUUCCAAGCCCCCCUCCCCAACCCCCCUCAGCCCUCCUCCAAAGUGGGCUACUCCGAGGGUCGAGGGCACGUCGACAGCAGGGGGCACCCCGGGGUGGGCAGCUCCGCCCAGGCUAAGAGCCGCAAGGCCAGCUACCCCCUCCCUGGACAGAUCGAGUCCAGCUGGCACGUAUCUGCUUUACAGCGGGCGGAGGGCGCUCAGUUCACCCCGGAACAGCUGGGCAUCAAACCAGGGCAGAACGGACCCACUUUUACCCGAGCCUCCCGCACCAGGAUGCCAAACCUCAAUGACCUGAAGGAGACUGCGCUGUAAACCCCCCCCCAACCACACCACCUCCAAUGUGUCUCCAUCCUGGAAGCAUCUGCCAGACGCAGACAUCAUGGUACUGUAGUAAAAGUUUACAUGAAAGCCUAUUUCACUGGAUCAAGUCCUCAUUCAGAAACGUAGUUAUUUGUUGAUGCUCAUGUCUCUGAAAUCUACAAAGACUAGACGUUGACAUGCCAAACACAAACACCAGUAAGAGUGUUGUUUAGGGAAUCCAAGACAGGAAAGGGCCCACUCCCUCUCGGGAUGUCAGUACUGUAUCAGUUGUACGUUAUUCUCUCUCUAAUUGACAAGGUUAGAACAUCAGAAUUAGCUGAUCUUUCCUGUCAAGGAGACACUGCCCAUGUGGCCUCUUUGCUGCCAUCUUCUGCUCACAGGACACUACAGCAACACAUCAGACAGGCGUUGUCACACUGGUGGCCAAAUAAACUCUAAUGUUUUUCAAGCUCUGAUAUUUGAUAAGAACAAAAAAAAAGAUUUAUAUCAACAUUAUUUAUUAAAUAUUUAUUUGUUUUAAAAUCAAGGAGAUAAGCUAUAAAUGACACAGUAUGUAGGCUAUAUGGGAAUAUUAUAAGGUAAUAUAGAAUUAAAUGUGUAAUUGCAAGAGCUUUAGUUUCGACACAAAGAAAUGCAUAGAUAUUUAUGUGUUGAUAAUACAAUAUGUCACAAGGAAUAUUUAAUAAUGGUGAAUGUCCUUUUUUUGUUCAAAUGGAUAUGUUAUUAACAGAUUUUCACAUUAUAUUGUGUUAUUUUUACCCUUUUUUUCUGUUUGAUUCAUCAAAAUGUAAAGAAAUAUUGAUAAAUACUUGUUGCCCAAAGUGGGGAAAAAAAUCUUGAACAUUACAUCUGGUACAAAUCUGCCCAUCACCCUCAUGACAUCAGUUUUGAAGUUUUAUGAAAAGUCGGGCUAUUUGUCAACAGGGUUUGGUAGCAGCAGAACAGCCAGAGUGAGACUGUUAGGCUCUGUGCUUUACAUACAGUAAUUGUCAGUUCACUUUAUGUCCCACUCCUGGUGUCACCAUUUUAAAAUAAGCCCCGUUUUCAGUCUCUCAGUUUGUUUAUCAGCAACAACAGCUUUCCAGCUCUGUGCUGCCAUGUUGGUUUUGUCUACAGCCUUAACAGCAAGUAACGGGCAUCAAGACUUUGUGGCCCAUUGGUGGUGAAAUGUUAGCCUCUUGAAAUGAGCUUUGACUAACUCAAAUACAACAUCUAAGAUAGUAGGAGAGCACAUUGCAAAUAAGCAUACCUCACCUACAACCUUUAAGAUCUUAAACUUAAACAAUUUCCCAAUGUCAACAAAUCCAAUGAAAAGACCAACAACCUACUAACAGGUGUGCCUGUGUAUCUAAAACCUGAUAUAGCUUAUUGCUCUGUGCCAUAGUUGUUAUCCAACUUAUUAAAAACACAUUAGUGAGCCACACUUUUGCGCUGGGUGACAUUUUCCUUCAUUACCAUGAACCAGGGCACUGUAGUUUAUUUUGGAUCAAUUGCACAUACUAUACACCAUCUUGGUGCUGUAAAUGCUCACUAGAAAACCAAAUGUGUAUUAAUCCACAGCUGAAAAUAGUCCCUUACAAAUGCGCUAUUUACUCAUGUUUGAGUAACUACAGUGCACAGCUUUUUUAGGAAAUUACUUAACCUUUUUUAAAUCUAAAAGUAUAUAAUUGUGACCCCUUUUAAAAAAAAAGAUUUUCGUCUUCAGCAUGAUUUAGAAAUUUAAAAAAAUAAAACUAUACAUUUGUGAAUCGUUUUUAAAGCUUUACAUUUUCAGUAGGAACCAACAGUCUUUAGGGACAGGCUGGGGAAUUCAGAAAGUAUUGAAAGACAGACUAAGACCACGUUCAGACUGACAGUAACCCUGCAAGAAAAACGCAGCCCUCAUAGCCGGGGUGCCAACGCAGGGGGCGCAGGCAAAACAAUGCAUGCCGCGACGUCACUCAAAUACAUACUUGCGCACAUUGCUGAUAGAUUACUAGUUGCUUGUAACAUGAACGGUGUAUUUCUUCUUUUUAUUUCACAAUUGUUGUAACAAUAGAUAAAUUAACUGCCGCCGUGAUAACUUUCCAGGGUUGUAAAAUCCUGAUUCAGAGUAUUACAAAUUAUAGUGUAUUGGCAUCUAAUAAGCCUUUAAACACAUUAAUCUCUUACUCCAACAACCCCACCAACACAGCCCCUUGCAUUGUUUUUACACAGGCUGUUUUGGGGCUAACACAUUGAUGGUUUUGGUUUUUUCAUGGGUAUUUGUUGACAAUGAGAAAGAUAUGGAACACCAGACUUAUCCGUUAAUGUGUGUGUUUACAUUUUUCUGUGUGCAUUUUAAAAGCUUGUGUUAUCAAAGUUUUUGUAAAUGCCUUUUGUAAAUCUGAAUUUGGUUUUCAUACUGUAUUCACAUUACAACUUUUAUUUUUAAUAUUAAUAGUCAUGAUCAGGGAUGAUUUUACCUAACUAGGUUAUUCUUAAAAGCAUUUAGGCUACUUGUUGUCUACUGACCUGUGGAUGAUGAAAAAAAGCUGAGUUGUAUAGAACAAAAAACUAUUUGUGGCCUAGGCAAAAUAUACAGCAUAGCUUUCCUUCCAGUCUUAGCUUUAUUCUUCGUUCCUUCCUCUUCCUCUGUUGUUUUAAAGCAUCAAGAAGAAAAGCUUUUAUAUCACAGAAAGAGGGAAUGAAGGAAAGAAGGAUGGAUGCAUUUGUGCAAAAUUAAAGACAGCUGUGGACUAAAGUGAAAGUUUAGUUUCGGAGAAUUUCAUGUUUUGUUUCUCAUCCGUUCCAAAGGAUGAAAAUACACUAGCAAAAAAAGAGAAAAAAAAACGAAUGAACCAAUUGACUCUAUGGCUGAUUGAUAGCAAUAACAUUUAGAAAGAGACUCAGACUGAUGCAGAUUGUACUAGCCAAAUCAGUGGUUAGUUAAAUUGGAGCCAAAUAUAGCACAGAGAAUGAUUUCGAGUAGGAGACUGUGAUUAAAGCAAGUGUCCACAUAUAAUAUCAAGACAUCGCUCUGCAAUACAUUUUUUUAUUUUCAAUUUGUCCUUGAACAUGACCCAGGACAGGUAAAACUGCCCCAUGUGUUGUAUUGUGUAAAAUCCUUAUCGUUAAUGAUUGUAAAUGACUGCUGACGUGGGUUUGUCUAUGUAAUUAAUGGGACAGAGUGAUGACAAAGCUUGCCUUGCCAGUGACCCGAAGCCUUAUAUUAGCUUACUGACUCACCACUUCAGAUGGAAAUGGAGGCUUCAACCACCAGUAAGUCACAUACACUGAGAACUGAGAUGAGAAGAAUUUUUGUUCACAAAUAUGAAUGUGUUUCCUAAAACAUCAGUUCUUUUUUUUUCAUUAAGCUGUUUCCCAUUUCUUACAGGGUGUAAAUAGAAAUAAUAGAGUGUAUCUAUACUGACCAUUCUACUUUAAAAAUGAUAGGAUCUCAUAAUAAAACCAACUGUACAUUUU